CAGACACACACACUACGCAGCGGAGAGUCUGCAGUGUGCUGCCAGUCUGUGAGCUGGAGAGACACUCGGACGACACACACACGAGAAAUCUUCAAAAACAAACUUUGGUUGCAACUUCUUGUAGUUUUUCCGACUGUGGAUGCAAACGCAAGACCUACUUUUGCUUUUCUUAUUUCCUCUGAGGGUCGAUUUAUUUCCACAGAAGGCUGCAAUGCUUCCACUUUACUUCUUGACUUUUGCUGCCACCAUCCAAGCCCACAACCAGCUGUUGCCAGGCUCCUGCAACUUUGAGUCCAACACCUGCGGAUACACGUCAGACUCAGACUUUACGAGCUGGACCCUGCACAAAGAUGGCCGUUUUGUUGCAGUGGAGACAGCCAUGAACGAUGACCAGGAUGAUAAGAUAGCAGAUGCCAGACCACAGAGAGAGAUCACAGGGGUGCUGCUGAGUCCGGCUCUGGAGCAGGGUGAGUGGAGCUGCCUGAGGCUCGUCUACCAGAUCAUCGGGUCAGGAAGCCUGGAGGUCCUGCAGCGCACGGAGGGAAAGAGCUUUGACAGGCCGCUGUGGAGCAGCCAGGCACCCUCUGACAGCUGGGUCAUCUCAAGCAUGGACCUGCAGAACAAUACUGAGCCUUACAGGGUUGUCAUGGAAGGUAAACCUGGACAGAGCGCUGGGAGUAGCGUGGCCAUCUUUGAGAUCCACAUCAGCCCUGGAUACUGCCUGGAGUGUGAUUUUGAGGAGUCUCACCUGUGUGGAUACAGUAACCAGUGGAACGCCAAUGUAAACUGGUAUGUGGGCGGAGGCUGGGUCCAUCUCCAUAACAACAUGCCAAAUGACCACACAUACAACAACAGGACAGGUCACUUCAUGUACGUGGACUCCAUCUACGCCAAGACUUUCAAAGAAGUGGCCAAACUGGUGUCUCCCAUGACGACAGUACCGAUGUCCGGCUGCCUGAGUUUUCAGUACCAGCGAAGCGAGGAGAGAGGGAACCUGUUCUCUGUUUUCACUAGGGACCGACUGGGUCAGUACCAGGAGCUGUGGAGGGCGGGGCUAGAAAACCAGAGCGAGUGGAGCGGGGCGCUUGGAGAAUGGAUACCUGUGCAGGUGGACCUGAAGGCACCGUACUCUGUACAGGUGGUCUUUGAAGUGGCCUUUAACAGUCAGAGAGGUGGACGCGUUGCAAUUGAUGACAUUUUCUUUUCUCCAGAGUUUUGCAGCACAGACACUGAGCCGAUCUUUGACCCCUCCAUCGCCAACUGUGACUUUGAGUCGGGGCUCUGCCACUACACCCAGGACCAGGUGAUGGGGUCAUCAUGGAGGAGAGUAUCUGUGAAGCCCAACAUAUUUAGGAACGGAGACCACACUACAGGGGCAGGAUCUUUCCUGUUGGCUCACUCCCAGCUGAGCCCACGCGCUGGUUAUGUUAGCCACCUGAUCAGUCCAACUCUGCCUGGAAACAUGAAGUACUGCCUGAGAUUUUACUUCUCUCUGAGGGGUUUCAACCAGACGGACCGGGCUCUCACUGUGUAUCUGCAGCAGCAGCAGAGCAGCAGCCAAGAGAAGAUCUGGACUCAGGGGGAGAAGUCCAGAGGAAUCUGGAUCGCGACAGAUGUCACCUUCCAGACGACUCAGCCUGCCAAGUUGGUUUUUGUCAGCACUUGCAGGAGCUUCUGGGACUGCGGCUCUGUGGCUUUGGAUGACAUCAGUGUGAGCCUCGGAGACUGUGAGCUGACAGCAGGUUCGUUGGCAUCGUCUCUCCCAGGACACUGUGACUUUGAAGCAGGCCUGUGCAGUUACACUCAGGACAAGCAGAGCGAUGGUGCUGACUGGGAGUGGAGGAGAGGACCCACCCCAACCUCGUACACCGGGCCAAGAGGGGACCACACCACGGGACUCGGAUAUUACCUGUACAUGGAGGCGUCGCCCAUGCUGCCCGGUCAGAGUGUCCGGCUGCUGUCCCGCCCUCUGAGGGGCUCCAGGGGGCCUAAGUGUCUGCGCUUCUACUACCACAUGUACGGCUCAGGCACGGGCCAGCUCAGCGUUCACCUCGACAAGGACGGAGAGGACGUGUUGCUGUGGCAACGGAGCGGCGAGCAGAGCAUCGCCUGGCUGAGGGCCACAUUGGAGUACCAGUGUGACAGCCAGCAUCAGAUUGUAUUUGAAGCGACCAGGGGUUCAUCAGUUAGGAGUGACAUUGCCAUUGAUGACAUUGUCUUGGAAGGCGGACCUUGCCCAGAAAUGGAGAUCAAGGCCACCGUGGGAACCUCCAAUGAGAUCGAGUAGAAGGCAAGAGAAGAACAGCUGUGUAGGAUGCAUGAACCACGUUGUUUUUUUUUUUGUUUUGUUUUGUUUUUUUGCACAUUACAGACUCCUGACUCCUACAUGUCAUUCUGAACAUGUAGGGAUGUGGGUGAAUAGUAAACUUUUCACGUAGUUCUGUUUUCAUGGAGCAACACAUAUCAGUGUCAUAGUCAGCAUUUCUCUCUGCACUGUAGCAACAGAGAGUGUGUUAAGCUGUGUUUUUCUUCACAUUUAUAUGCAUUAGAUUAAUGCUCAUUGCUCAAAUAAAGCGACACGGUUAUUCAACAUUA